GCGAAGGCCUAACUAAAUUUUUAAAAAGUCGGCAAACCUCUCUAGAAAAUGUGAAAGCAGAUCAACAUACGCUGUUGCUAUCCAAAUCAAGUUGUCGUUAUGUGAUAUGGGUGACCAGGACACCAGUGGGAUUGACAGUUGCUCGUCAGACUCUCACGAUACUUCUGUUUCAGACGGCGAAAUCCUGAAAUACAGCUCAAUGCGAACUAAAAGUGAUCACCAGACAACUACUGAUCUCGGAAAAGAGGACCAGGGUCCAAAGUUUGACUUCAACAGUUGGAAUGUUGAAGGACCCCCAGGCAUACAGUUUCUAAGUCUAUUACCCCUACAUCAGGGUUAUGAAUUCAUUCCCUGUCAGUACCCUCAAAGUGCACUUGUCACCAAGUUAAAACCUUCCCAAGUGCACCGUAAAACUAGACGUAGAGAAUUUGCAUCUGGCCGUACUAUCCAAAGAGAUAUUCUAGAAGAAAGAAAACUAAGACAGGCAGCUAAUUCUGAUGAUUUUAUGACAGUUCUACGUCUAUUAGAUAAUGGUGUAGACUCCAGGUGUAUGGAUGAGAAAAAGCGAACUCCAUUGCAUUUUGCAGCUUCUAGAGGCAACUCUCAGAUAGUGAGCCUUCUCUUGGAUCGAGGCGCUGAGCCAAAUCAGAAGGAUGCCAUCGGGAACACACCUCUCCAUCUUGCAGCAUGCACCAAUCAUAUUGAAGUCGUUACUUUACUCCUGAAGGCUGGAACGGACAUUCACGCAUUGGAUAAUUCUGGUCGCAGCCCCUUGCAUCUUGCCCAAUCACGUUUCCGGAUUUUACAGCGAGAUCCAAAGUUCACUGAGGAGACUGCAACUGGCUUUAAGGAGAAAAUUACCCAGGUGACAGAUAUGAUGCAGGCGUAUUUAAAAGUAUCAAACAAGAGUGACAAUGUUGAUGUUGAGCAACUUAAUGGACUUUGUGAGAAACUACAACUCUCUAGCACAAAGGCUGAGGUAGACCUUGUCAAUGAAAUGUUAGCUGAUUUCACACAACUAACAAUACAGAAGAAAAAACCAGGAUAGGGAUUUCCCACUUAUGAGUAAAAUGUCUUGCGGAAAAGUAUGCAAUUGCAUGGAAUGAUAAAAUGGCAAUUUAUUCUAGAAUCUAUGUUGAAAUGCACAAAACUGGACAGUUCGAAGGAUGAGGUCAAUAGUUUGAUGUUGACCUACUGUUUUGAGUAUUGUUAUCAUAGAUUAAACUUUGUUUUAACAAAUACGGCAACUUUUGGAUAAUGUUCAUUUUGAAAAAAAUUAAUAAAUGUUCAGUUACAUUUUU